AUGGCUGGGCCAAAUCAAUCAACACCAUCAACAGACCCGGUCGGCUGGGACCAUGACCGGGAUAUCGACCGCAGUCCUGACCUCUCCGAUAAGUCAGAGGAGCCUAAGCUGAAAGACUAUGACAUUGAGAGUCAUGGCCGUCGUCGCAGUUCCGGUCAUGUUCAUGCGAUCGACUCUUCUUCCACGACGGAAAGUGUCGGGCGCCAGAUUGAGAUGGAGUCGGAGAAUACUAUCAAGUACCGUACUUGUAGUUGGCAAAAGACUGCCGCUCUGCUCUUCUCGGAGUACAUCUGUCUGGCUAUCAUGUCCUUCCCUUGGUCGUACUCCAUUCUGGGCCUUGUGCCCGGUUUGAUUCUGACCGUGGUGAUUGCCGGUAUCGUCCUGUACACCUCGCUGAUUACUUGGAGAUUCUGUCUGCGACACCCAGAAGUCCGCGACGUGUGCGACAUUGGCCAGUACCUAUUCUGGGACUCCAAGAUCGCCUGGUGGGCCACAGCAGUGAUGUUCCUGCUAAACAACACCUUCAUCCAAGGACUCCACUGCGUCGUAGGUGCCGAGUACCUGAACACAAUGUCCAACGGCGCCGUGUGCACAGUGGUAUUCUCACUGAUCGUCGCCAUCAUCUCAUGGAUCUUCUCCCUCCCAAGAACAUUUAGCACCCUAUCAAAGGUCGCAACCCUAUCAGCAUUCUUCACUUUCAUCUCAGUCAUCCUCGCCGCCGUCUUCUCAGGCGUUGAGGACCAUCCAAAGGGCUAUACCCCCGCAGACGGCGAGCCAAUCUUCCUCGCCAUCCCGCCCAAGGGUACAACCUUCGUGCAGGGAAUGAACGCCUUCCUGAACAUCAGCUAUACGUUCAUCGGCCAAAUCACCCUGCCAAGUUUCAUCGCCGAAAUGAAAGAACCCCGCGAUUUCUGGAAGUCCGUGACAGCAGUAACAAUCGCCGAAAUCAUCGUCUUCAGUCUCGUCGGUGCAAUCACAUACGUCUACACCGGAACGCAGUAUAUGACCGCUCCAGCCUUCGGCUCUCUCGGCAACGAUGUGUACAAGAAGGUCUCCUUCUCAUUCAUGAUCCCGACAAUGAUCUUCCUAGGCGUCCUGUACGCCUCUGUCUCAGCGCGCUUCAUCUUCUUCCGUCUUUUCGAGGGAACACGCCACAAGGGCAACAACACUGUUGUUGGGUGGGCUGCUUGGGCUGGAAUCCUUGCUGGAUUGUGGAUUAUGGCUUGGAUCAUUGCCGAGGUUAUUCCCUUCUUCUCGGACCUAUUGUCGAUCAUGAGUUCGCUUUUCGAUUCCUUCUUUGGUUUCAUUUUCUGGGGAACGGCUUAUAUUCGUAUGCGUGCUGCGGAUCAUGGACCGAGGUUCUUUAUGGUGAGGGGUAUCCGGGGUUGGUUGGGAUUCAUCUUUAAUGUUUUCCUUAUUCUGGUUGGGUUCUUCUUUUUGGGACCUGGUACUUACGCUUCCGUUAUGUCUGUCAUAACCAGCUACCGGGAAGGCACCGUCGGCGGCGUCUUCACUUGUGCCAGUAACGCACUAUAA